UACAAAUUCUUUUCAUUUGACACACAAUCAGCUCCCUCUAUUGGUAUUAACAAUGCUCUGUGCCUAUUCUCUGCACUGGUUAUAUAGUGGAACCACCCCAGUUAGUCAGCCUGAUACACACAGCCUUGAUCAUGUGCAGCACUUGGAAAUGUGCAGGUCUCGUGUAAUUUACUUACACCUCAGUUUUCCUGAAUGAACUAGAGAAGCCGGACUUGGAAGUCAAGAAAUCAGGACUGGGAACCAUUCUCACAGACUUUCUACUAACUCCAAGGAUAUCAGCACAGCAGCAGCACCAGCAGAUGCCCAUUGAAGUCUCCUGGAUGUGAGAGAAGCUCCCAUACUAUGGCCUAUUCCGUUGUGUUCGGCAAUGCCAGUAGCCUUCAGACAGAGCAGUGCAGCCAGGAGAGCGUCGAAGAGAACCUCUUCUUCUCCUCUUUCUACGGGAUCGUGUUCGUGCUGGCGUUUGUCGGCAACACGCUGGCUGUGUGGGUUUUCUCGUGCGACAAGAACUCAAACACGACCACCAACAUCUACCUGAUGCACCUGGCGGUGGCUGACCUCUCCUACGUGUUGAUCCUGCCCAUGCGGAUGGUUUACCACCUGAGUCAAAACCACUGGCCAUUCGGGGAAGUCCCAUGCCGCAUCACGGGUUUCCUCUUUUACCUGAACAUGUACGCCAGCAUUUUUUUCCUGACGUGCAUCAGCACUGACCGCUUCCUCGCCAUAGUGUACCCGGUCAAAUCCAUGAGGAUCCGGAAACCUCUCUACGCCAACGUCAUUUGCAUCGUCCUGUGGGUGGUCAUUGUGGUGGGGGUGGCUCCCAUGCUCGGUGCCCCACAGACGCUUCGAAUGGACAACACCACCACCAUGUGUCUUCAGCUGUACCGGGAGAAGACCUCCAGCUUUGCCCUCGUGCCCCUCACGGUUGGGUUUGUCAUCCCGUUUGUCAUCACCGUGACCUGCUACUUGCUGAUCAUCCGCAGCCUGCGGACGGGAAACCGGAUCGAAAAGCACUUGAAGGACAAGGCAAUCAAGAUGAUCAUACUGGUUUUGACCAUCUUCCUCAUCUGCUUUGUCCCCUAUCACAUCAACCGCUACGUCUACAUCCUGUCCGCCAGCGCGGCCCAUUCCACCUGCAAGGGCAGGAAGGUCAUCGCUCUCAGCAAUCGCAUUACUUCCUGCCUGACCAGCCUCAACAGCUGUCUCGAUCCCGUCGUCUACUUUUUCGUGGGUGAGAAGUUCCGAGAGCGAUUCUGCCACUUUGUCUGCGGCCACAGGAAGAGAGCCCAGUCCGUCAGCCACGAGACAAAAACCAACGAGAGCUCCCUCAGCGGCAAGUCAGAGCUGUAAUCGCUUCAGUAAUCCACAUGUGCCAUUUCCUGUGUGUGUGUGUCUGGGUGUAUGAGUAUUUGUGUGCUCACAUGUUUGUGUGUGGAUGGGACUGUGUGUGUGCGCCUCUAUGUGUAUGGGUAUUAAGGAAUUUGGGACAAGGGCUGGUAACUGGAUUUGAGAUCAUCUUAUAAAAUGGCGAAACAGGAACAGGAACAUAGCCUAUUCCUGUUCCUAUGUUUAAACCUGUGUAUGUUGAUAGAGAUGAGAAUUCCCUACAAAGAUGCAUCAAUACCAGAUAAAAUAAAUAACUGGGGGGGAAAAAAAGGUGAGGAUACCUAGUGAGUAUGUUUAAGGUAUCAAUUAGAACUUCAGAAUGGUGUUUGUUGGAAGUACAUUGUUCAGAGUUCCUCACAAGAUGAAGGUUAGAAAUCUAAAUAGGUAUAUAUGUGGUUCUGAGUUUGCGUCUUGUGUCUGUCUAGGCCUUUGGGCAUGUAUCUCAGUGUCUGUGGUUUGUCCCUCCACAGACCAAUACUUGUCACCUUGAUCCUUGACAUCCAGUGACAAGUUACAUUUUUAACAAAAUCAAAAUUAAUCAAGCCUUCCAGCAUCAGAACUGAUCAAACUAAGACAAGCGAACUUUGAAUUAAUUGCCCAUGAAGUAUUUCCGGUACAAGCACAUUUAAACUUAGUGGUAAAUCUUUUCUGACUUUCAUUAAAAGGAAACUUGCCUUGCGAACCCAGAGAGACGCACAGAGUCAUCGUGAGGGAUCAGUAAUCACAAUGAGGAGGGCAGAACUUCUGAUAAAAGGUAGAGAUUAAUUUCGAGGUCAGCACUGCUGUAAUCAGAUACCUUCAGAAUAAGAUGCUCCUCUGUCAAUGGUCAUUCUGAUCAUUAUUAACAUUCAACUCUCUCCUUUGGCUUCUACUUCUGAUCACUUUAACUUUGCCUAAUUUUCUUGGAUAUCAAUGUGAAAUUGUGGCUUAUUCAGUUUCCCAAACCUCUAGGUGUCUCCUUGAGUAAACCUAAGCUGGUUACACCCCCUAUUACUUUGUUAAACACUGUAUGAAUAAUCUUUUGUGAGACACCUCCGUAUCUGGGACUUUGUGUUAAGUUUGCGAUGGGGUAUGGGUGUUUAUUGAUGUUAGAUUUCAGAGUCUGAAAUCUAUCUAUCUAUUGUCAAGUGCUAAGUACCUUAUUUGUUUAAAAAAGGAAUUACAUGAAAACACAUAAUGGAAAGAUCACUAUUUUGCGUACAGAAACUUGCCAUCUUAUCCUAUAUCUACUGUUAUACUAUUUCCUCCCACACGUCUUCUCGUAAACGAUCUACAUCCCUGCUCUUAUAUCACCCUCUCCUAUCUCACCAACUCAUACCAACUCUUCCUACACAUCCAUUCAUACCAUCUUCUCCUACAUGCCCAUUAUCGUUAUCAGACGCCUGCUGCAAUAUAGCCGUGCAGAUAUGGCAAUGACAGGGACCCUUUCAAUAUAGCCACUUGAAAUCAGAAAACAUAACUCAACCACUACAUAACAGUUGUGUUGAAUUGGACUAAUAUUCAAUAGAUUCAUUCUCUGGUUUGAACUAAUAUCUGAACUGUUACUCGCAAUGUAGCACAUCCUAACUGGUACUCUACUAUAAAUCAAGAGCCUAUUUAUUUCCAUAUAACCCAUUCCAACCCGAACAUAUCAACAUAAGGCACUCUAACUUCACUCUUUGAUGUAACACAGAAUUUAUCCUAUGCAACACUACACAGUAUUGUAAUCAUUUCAGUCCUGGGGGAAGGUGGCAGGCUUUGGUUCAACAGUGGAGGGUGCAUCUGAUCGUUUUUUGGAGCCUUGGGGGCGUUGUUGCCUUCACGGAUAGGGAAGCGUUUAAAAUUCCUCCAGGAGAUGGAUCAAGUGGUGUGGUAUCUAUGGGAACAUAGGCUUUAUUUGGUCUGGGGAAACCAGUAUGGUGGACUGAAUGGCUUUUCUCAUUCUGUGUUUCAACUGUAUGGUUGUGCACUGGUUAAAGCUCACCUGGAGCCAGCAGUCUAGAAUUCAGCGAGAGUUCUUGAAACACUCAAGCCUCUGUACCAGACUGUAGUCUCCAAGUCCUUUGAACUGUGCUUUCUUUCUCCUUGAUUGGUUUUCCAUAAAUAUUAUCCUGUAUAUUAGUGGCUAUUUUAACUUGUAUUUGACAUUUCUAUUCACGAUCAGUGUUAUGAACCUGUAUUUUUUUAACUUGUUUUUGAAUAUUAAAAGACAUUCCUUUUU